AUGCCUUGCACUAUCGAUCAUGUGGGCAUCAGUGCCCCCAAAGAUCAGUUCGAAAGCAUUGUCGACUGGUACAAGAAGGCUCUGGCCCCGCUGAACUACAAGGAAAUCAUGCGCGUCCCAGGAGCUGUCGGAUUGGGCUCCGAUACUCCGGACUUCUGGAUCGGAGAGACCGACGAGCAGACCCGGGGCGUCCAUUUUGCUUUCGUAGCGCCUGACCAUGCUACUGUGGACGCCUUUCACCAGGCUGCAUUAGCGGCUGGGGGAAAGAACAAUGGAGCUCCUGGAACUCGGUCGGAGUAUCAUCCAAAGUACUAUGGGGCUUUCGUGUUGGAUCCGCUGGGCAACAAUGUGGAAGUGGUGGAUCACCUGCACUAG